UAAAGAUUCUGUCUUUUGCUAAACUUGGACUAACGUUCAGGCGGACAAACAAUCAUUACAAAAAUCUGAGAACUUUUCUGUCUUUCUUCUUCUUUUUCCGAAUAUGGCCUGGAUUUGGACAGCGAUAUCUGUGAUUAAUUUUCUUUGGCUCCUUCAGGUGCUGCUAAGCCUGAAAAGGAACAGAAAACUGCCUCCGGGUCCAACAGGUUUGCCAAUUAUCGGUCAUUUCCACCUGUUGGGGAAGAAUCCUCACCAAGAUUUCCAUAAUUUAGCCCAAAAAUAUGGACCCAUCAUGUACCUACGCUUCGGCUUCGUGCCCACCAUUGUCGUAUCGUCGCCUGCGGCCGCCGAGCUGGUUCUCAAGACCCAUGAUCUGAUCUUCGCCGGCAGGGCUCAUCAUCAGGCCGCCAAGGAGAUAAGCUACGAUAAGAGAAACAUCGUCUUCGCACAGUAUGGUAUUUACUGGCGCAACAUGCGCAAAUUGUGCACCCUGGAGCUUCUCAGCAACUUCAAGAUCAACCAGUUUCAGCCCAUGAGGAGGGCUGAGAUUGAGGUGUUUGUUGAGUCUCUCCAACGGGCUGCCGGGAAACGGGAAACUGUGGAUAUCAGUGCGAAAAUUUCGGCCUUGAUUGGGGAUAUGACUUGCCUUAUGGUGUUUGGGAGGAAGUUCGCUGACGGGGAUUUGGAUGAAAAAGGGUUUAAAGCUGUGAUUGGGGAGACCUUGCAGGUGGCCGCUCUGCCUAAUAUUGCGGAUUAUUUUCCUUUCCUGGCGGCGCUUGAUCUUCAGGGGUUGACCCGACGGAUGAAGGAAUUGAGCAAGACUUUUGAUGGGUUUCUGGAGAGGAUUAUUGAUGAUCAUAUUCAGAACAAGCAAGAGAAGAAGCAUGCUCAAGACUUUGCCGAUACCAUGAUCACUAUUAUGGAGUCUGGAGAAGCCGGAUUCGAGUUUGAUCGCCGCCAUGUCAAGGCUGUGCUCUUGGUAAUUAUUUUACAGGAAAAAUACAAGCAAAAAAUUAUGGAAUGGGCACUUUCAGAACUCAUCAGGCACCCAAAAGCAAUGAAGAAACUGCAGCAAGAAUUGGAAAAAGUAGUCGGCAUGGACCAAAUAGUGGAGGAAUCACACCUCGACAGACUCGAGUACUUGGAUAUGGUCGUGAAGGAGACACUGAGGCUCCACCCGGCCGUCCCAUUGUUAAUCCACGAGUCCCUGGAAGAUUGCGUAGUCGAUCAAUUCCAUGUGCCGAAAGGAUCACGACUCAUAGUGAAUGUAUGGUCCAUCGGCAAAGAUCCUAAUGCUUGGAGAGAGCCUCAAAAGUUUCUGCCAGAGAGGUUCAUUGGCAGCAAUAUAGACCUCCGAGGACAAGAUUUUCAGCUCAUACCGUUCGGGUCUGGCAGGAGAGGCUGUCCGGGGUUGCAGUUGGGGCUGACGGUGGUCCGUUUAGUGUUGGCACAGUUGGUGCAUUGCUUUGAUUGGGAGCUCCCUGAUGGUAUGGUAGCUAGUGAAUUGGACAUGGCUGAGCACUUUGGCCUGGUGACUUGUAGAGAGAACCAUCUCUUGGCUGUUCCGACUUAUCGAUUGCUUAAAUGAAUGACGGCCGGAUGUUCGUUUGAGGCUAUGUUGGUUGGUUUUAACUUUAUAUAUACUAGCAUUUGAAGGUGCAUUCGAUGUAUGUGUAAAAUAUUAAAAAAAUAAAUGUAUUUGUGAAUGAAAAAUGUAGCAAUUAAAAUU